ACAUUUUGAUUGGGCGGGUAAACAACGUGUGUGUGUCCUCUCUUUUGUUUACUUGCAAAAUUAAAAGCUCACCAAAAAUGGCGACUGAAGAUAAUGGCAACGCGUUCCACAUUGGCGAUUUGGUGUUUGCCAAAAUACGGGGUUACACGCCAUGGCCGGCAAGGAUUACGCAUAGUCUAAUGCAAAAAAGCAGUACACUGUGUUCUUUUAUGGCACGGGUGAGAUCGGCUAUAUAAAGCCGGAGAACCUCUGGCCGUACAGCCAGCACAGGCAAAAGUACGCCACGCGAAAGAACAUGAAGCGAGGUGAAUACUCGAGGGCACUGCUUGAAAUAAAGUGUGCCUUCAAGGGAGAGCCAAUGCCGAAGCCAAUCAUUGUACCGAGCACCAAUAAUUAUGAUAAUGAUUAUGAUUAUGACAAUCAAGCACCAGAGAUAUCGACAAAGGUCACAAUCCCCAAGCCUUCGCGCCCACCAAAGAAUACAGAAAAUGAGGUUGUGCUGGUGUAUAUGCCAACAGCCAAAGUCCUGGGCAUCAACAUCGACUACAAGAAACCAAAGAGAUUUGAAAAUGCCGCCGCAAAGCAGCUCUGGCUGGAUAACGCACGCAAAGAGGCCAAUCUGCUGAAGGAGAAGCUGCUGUCGGGCCAAGUCGAUGCCAGAAGGCUUCCAGCUGGCCAGAUCAUUGUUGAUCCCUCGCCCAGAGCCACAGCCACAGCCCAGCAGCAGGAAGUUGAUUUAAUGAGAGAGCUGCACGAACGCGAGGACAAACUAUUUACGGAGCGAGACUUCAUUGAGAUUUGCGGACAGAUCCGCGAGUGCCUGGGCACGCGGCAAGCCAAUGUGGGCAAGUGUCUGAAGCUGCUGGAUCUGUUCAAGGAAAUAGAGCUGGACAAGCUGAUGCUGCUGCGCAAUCCCGAGUCCGUGGACACAAUUCGUGGACUCACAAAAUAUGUUGGAAAUUUGAAAGUUUGGCAGAUGGCGCCCAGCGACGAGGCCGAGUUCAAUUCAUUGGCCCUAGUCGUACGGCAAAAGUCCAAGACCAUAUACGAAGGCUUCCAAAAGCUGUUCAACUUCGCUGUGGGGGCAGACUUCUAUCUGGAGUUCUGGAGGGAGGUCACGACCUACAGGACCCACACAGACCACCUAAAUGCAAAUUUGCGCGUUUUAAUGAACGAGCGCUCGUACAGAAAGCUCGUUCGUGACAAACAAGGACAACCAUCAGUUAAAACUGAAUCCAUCAAUAAAAAGCACAAAUACCAACAAGAUAAUAUAGAAUAUUAAGUAAAACUAAUUUAAUUUUAAGUACAAAGCAUUUGUAAUCCCGCACUACAGCUCGGCAGCACAACUGCUGUUCUAUUGCUAAGUUUGCUAGAAUUAAGACAACAUUGACAGGUAUAUCUAGCUCCUAAGUUGACUUCGUUUGAACUAUUAUCAUUAUCUUCACGCAAUUACAGUUGCAACUGUCCCUAAUUUAAUAUACCGGCAUUUAUUAACUAGGGCUUUUUGUUUUUGAAUGAAUUUUGUUAUCAUUUAUUUUAAUCUGCUACAAAAUAAAUACAUUGCUCGA